CUCCUCGGGAAGGCACCUUCGUAUUGAUAGAUUUGGAGGUUCAGCUGUUCUUAGGGUUGUAGAAGAAGAUUUGCAGAUAGACAGGUGUUGGGGGAUUCCAAAACUUCGUUAACAAUCGGUGACCGAGGAGACCACUAAUAGCUGACUGCUACAUUAUUUCCUGGAUUUGUCCUCUUUUUUUUUCUGUUUCAAGAAUUUGGGGCUUUGCUGGAACAUGUCGCCCAUCCUUCUCCAAGUCAUCGGUAGCACCCUGGCUUGGCUUUUUCUCUACUGGGGGUUUUGGUACCAAAACAGGCAUCGUGGCGCAGAAUGGAGCUGUCGAAUGGUCACUUUUCUACACGGCUUGAUGGUCACUUUCCUUUCCGGCUACAUUGUCUUCAUUGAUGGUCCCUGGCCGCUGACUCAUACAGGCCAUCCGAACACGCCGCUCCAAGAGUUUGUCCUCUGCCUGUCGAUGGGCUACUUCAUCUUCGACUUCUGCUGGUGCCUCCUUUUGGACAGCGAGGGCGACCUGAUGCUGUAUCACCACCUGCUGAGCAUGAGCGGCAUGUCGCUGGUCUUGGACACCGGCAAGUCGGGCCCCGAAAUCUGCGCCAUCAUCUUCGUGAGCGAGAUCACCAACCCCUUCUUGCAAAUGCGCUGGUUCCUGCGGGACAGCGGGGGCUACCACAGCUUUGUCGGCGACGUGGUGGACGCCUUGUUCGUGGCUCUCUUCCUGGGGCUGAGGAUCGUCGGGGGUGCCUGGAUUAUGCACUCCGUGAUGAGGUCCCCCAAGACGUACGGGACACUCAAGGGUGGGAUCCUAGCGAUGUACGGGGUGUCCUUCCUGUUUUUGAUGGAGAUCUUCAGUUUCGCCAGGAGGAAAAUCAGCAAGAAACUCCAGGCUUGGAAAAAUGAAAGAACCCGAGGAGAUCGCGCCAAGCGUGGCCGACAUCUUCCGAACUUGGGUAUCCGGGGGUCUGUUGAACCCAACCUACAAAGGAGCAAAUAG